CUCCCAGCAUGCUUAGCGGCGGGCGAAGGAAAAUGUAAACGGCCAUGUCGUGUUAGAGAGCAGAGCAGAGGAAGAAGCCACAGUCUGGGCCGCGGUCUCACAUUCAGCCACAUUUAAUGAAGCCUUGAGAACUGAAGCUCCUGAAUAGUACACGUCCGACAGCUUCAUUUGACAGGAGACACAUUUCGUGGAAGGAAGUUUAGUAAACGGAGGUAAAGAUGAGCGGAGGAGGGACCCCGUACAUCGGCAGCAAAAUUAGCCUAAUCUCCAAGGCCAAGAUCCGCUAUGAAGGAAUUUUAUACACCAUUGAUACCGAGAACUCGACCGUAGCUCUCGCUAAAGUCCGCUCCUUCGGCACUGAAGAUCGGCCCACUGACAGGCCUAUUCCACCGCGAGAGGAAGUGUUUGAGUACAUCAUCUUCCGAGGGAGUGAUAUUAAAGACCUAACCGUGUGCGAGCCACCCAAAUCCACUAGCACCCUGCCUCAGGACCCUGCCAUAGUUCAGUCAUCAGUUGGAUCCACCAAUGCUUCUACUGCAGCACCCCCAACAUCAUCAUUCCAGUCUGCUGGCUCCUAUGCUCCAUUCAGCAGGCCCCCUGUCCCACCUUACAGCCAGUUUGGCGUGACACCCCUCGCAGCUCAGCAGUAUGAAUCUGCUGCUGCUGCAGGAGGACGCACUAGUCCCCAGCUGGAUGCUUUAGCAAAAAUUCCCAUCCUGAAGCCGGUAAUGCAGGCCCCACCCUCAACUGCCCCAGCUCCACCUGCACCUGUAGGACAGAGGAGUCACACAGGGUAUGCACCUCCCAUCAGACCCACCAGCAGCGCCACUGGCAGCCAAAAACCCCCGGACCUCCUGGAGCAGCGAAGAGGUCCUGAGGCCCUGAAAGUGUCCCAGCCUGAUAUUGAACAUGGUGCUCUUGAAAACAGGGAUCCCAACAGGCGUCAUGCUGGUGGUGCUCCGUCCAACCGCCGCGGCCGUGGAAGAGGAAACCGCAGCAGGGGCAGAGUGAAUUUGCGCAGGGAUGGCACCAUGAAGUUUGAAGAAGACUUUGACUUUGAGACGGCCAACGCCCAGUUUCAAAAAGAUGAGAUCGACAAAGAGCUUCAGAAUAAGCUCAAACUGAAAGAUGACAAGACUGAAAAGGCACUGAAUGGAGAGGAAACUGCUGACACAGAACAUCCAGUCACUGAGGGGACAACUGAGGAGGAGGAGGCUUCGAUCAACUCAUGUUACUAUGACAAGUCCAAGUCCUUCUUCGAUAACCUGUCCAAUGAUGAUCCAAGUAAAUCGGGCGAAAGAGGAUUUUCAAGGGAUCGAAGGCCAACCUGGGCAGAGGAGAGAAGAAUGAAUUCCGAGACGUUCGGCAUCCCCCUCAGGCACAAUCGUGGAAGAGGGGGUUUCCGUGGCCGAGGCUUCAUGGGGCCCCGUGGAGGCCGGGGGCGGCCAGUGAGCAGAGGUUCCUUUGGGCCACCUCGGGGUCCCCCACCUGGUUUCAGAGGUGGAUUCAGGGGUGGCAGAGGAGGCCGGGAUUUCUCCGAUUUUGAAUACAGGAAGGAUAACAAAGUGGCUGCAUAGUACAACAGCGAUGGAUCCACAAAGAACUGUAGCCCCUCAUCAAGAAAUGAUUCCAGCUCAAGAAAUUUAUUUGGUCUCUACAUUUGACAGAAAGAAAAAUGAAGACAUCCUCUCAGUCACCAGCACAAGGUUCAACUGUUUGACACCAGGGGGUGAGAGUGCAGAAGUUUAGUUUGAUAAGCAGCCAUCAGAUGGACAUGAUGUGUAAAUACCGUGCUUUGGAGUAAUGCUGUAUUUUUGCAUCGAUCAAGUUCAUUUCUUAUAGAAGGCUUCUUUGAUAUUGAAAGCUGUAUGCAGAAAGCCCACUGUUACUGUGAGCAGAUCACGCUUCAUGUGAUCCAUAGCUUUAUUUUUCAUUUUUCUUUCAGGUCUCUUAUAUCAUAUUUGUUGGCACCAAAUUUCAUUGCAUUGCCUGUUGCAACAUAGUUCUCUCUGUUCAGGUUUAGGUGGGUUGCCAUGUGUUCAGUGUUUUGUCCAUAAUGCAGGACUUUUUCUUUUUUACAUCAGUUUAUUCUCUAUGAAUUAGUGAGGUCAAAACCAGCUGAAAGAAAAAUCUAAACAGAAUUCUGUAAUGAAUAAAUGAAUGUAUAUCUAGCUCAUCUUAUAUUUAGGGUCCCCCAACCAAUCAUGGCUCAACAGACGGACACACUUCGUUUUUAUAGACGUGCUCAGUAGAUAGAAUCAUUGGCUGAUGCUUUGACCCCUUAAACCUCCCACAUUCGAUGACGUCAUAGAUCAAGAGGAACCAGUCAUUUAAAUGGUGUACGGGGUUUAACAGUGAUAGCUUUAGAAUUAUUUGUUAACUGUAGAGUUUUUUGAGCAGGUCUGUUUAUAUAGUUGACUACAGAACGAGCAUUCCAAUGAUUUGUGUCUGAAAAGAAAAUCAUCCAUUGCUAUUAACGCCUUUGGGACUUAUAAGGAAAGGAUGUCCUUGAGAUAAUUAUUCCAAACGUGGCCAAGUUAGAUAUGGAUUAAAAAAUGAUCCCAACUUUUGCCAAAAAUAAUAUGAGGGUUGAGAUCAAAAUAUCGGCCGUUAUAUCAUAGUUUCUCAUUUUAGUGACUCUUAAACGAGAAUUCUGGUAUUUUUCAAUCUCGUCCCAAUGUUUAUAAAUGUGGGUGUGUAAAUUAUUUGUUUCUUAGAAAAACUUAAAGAAAAGAAGAUUGAAGGCCCAGCGGCAAUAGCUGCAAUAUCAUCUUAUGGGGCAACUGCGACAGUUCACAAAAUGUUAACCAAUACGGUCUUUUUCUAACCAAUAAAAUGCCCAAAUUGUUAUUCUGGCCACAUUACAAAUGUCUCGCUGAACAAGAAAUUUCAUUCGAACUUCAGCAGCUCGCUGUCCCCCUGCUUGUGUCCCAAAGCAAAGACACACGAAUAUAAUUUGAAAAGAAACUUUUAGUGGACCUUUUUAUGGACUGUCUCAGUUGCCCAAUAAGAUUAUAUUGUAGCUAAUCUAUUAAAUACCAUUCAUUUUGCACACCCACACUUAUAAACAGGGCCCAGGUGGACAAAUCCCAGAAUUCCUCUUAACUUAACCUAUCUAUGUCCAAACAUAAUGAGCCAUCAUCUUGUUUCUUUUUUAUUGACCGCAUCCUUCGUCUUACAGUUGGCUCAUGUACAAUGUUUUUGUUGUCUGUACAGUCAGUUGUUAUCCACUGCAACACUAAGUACCUACAGUGUUGUGAGGAUUGUUUACUGAGGUAGAAAAUCUUGUAAAUGGAUGGAAUGAUGUCUCGGUACAGAUGACAGCAGAUCUCUGGCUUGUUUGUAGCUCCUCUUGUUGCAUUGUCGUCAAUGUGAUUGUUCUCUGGAGUGAAUCUAUUAUUUUUUACAGACAUGUGAAUAAAGGGACGAGAACUGGAUGAGGUGCCAGUGCGUUGGGGGGGGAUAAUUCUUUUUUUCUUCUUGGCUCUGAUUUGAUAGUACUUUGGGGAGUGUCUUCACAGUGGUCGAUUUUUACAGCGCUCCCUUUAACUUAAAGGUUACACUCUGACUAAAGUAAUGAUAGCACUACACGCUGAGAUUAGAACCUUUUAUUUAGCUGCGGCUGUUUCAAACAAAGCAGCCGCAGUUAAAUCUUUGCUGUUUAACUGGAUAUUGCAGAUCACUGCAUGAUAGCCUUAGGAGCCACCACUUUAUAUGGGCUUUCGCAAUAACCAGCAACAUUGAAUUUGGAACAAUAAGUAUUACUGAGCAAUUCAAAACUGACAUGUUUUCAUAUGUUUGUUACUGCUUCACUGGAAUUGUAAACCAGGAAUCGUUUUCUUGAGAAUAUCAGCAAAAUUGAGUUUUUACAUCAAAUAAAGAGUUGUACAAUA